UCUACCAGAACUGAGAUGGUGACUGAGUGUAGUAGAGGAGUCCGAGCCAAGAGACAUGGCGAAAUAGCUCAACCCACCCCCCUUAUUUGACAUUUGAGGAAACUGAGGCUGAAAAGGGAAGCGGUUUGCCCAAGAUUAUGCAGGCCGGAGUGCUCGGAAAGUUCUGCCUCUCGCGCCCCGGAGAACUACACUUCCCAGGGGGCGGUAGCGAAGAGCCUCGGCUUCCCUAGUGACCAGCGGCCAAUGGCAGACGCGGAAGCGGCUAGCGGGCCCGGGGAGGCGGCGGUAACGGCCGGGGCCGGGGCCGAGCAAAGGAACCUAGAGUGGCUCGAACCGAGCCCGGGUCUUCGGGCGGCCGCCGGCGGGGUCAGAACGUCGGGGCCGCAGGCCGCCCACCAACUGUCGGGCCUCCCCUUGUCGCCGCAGAUGUACAAGGGCUAUCUGUUCGAAGGCCGGAGCUCUGGAGGACUGAACCAGCUGCCUUUUGAUCCAUCAUCCAUCAGCCAAGAACAACUGCAGUUUUGCAACCCUGACAGUCCAUUGCUGUCAGAAGGUCAGGUUGAGAAUGAAGAAGAGACGAGCAAGAAAAGAAAGCGAACAAAUGAGAGUACAGUUAAUUCUGAAUCCCUUGAGAACUACUGGAGCAGAGGCGGAGAGGGCAUCGUACCGGGCAGGGCACCCCAAGCCCACCAGGAACACGAGCAUUCAGCCGACGGUAGCAGAAGUCUGAGCGUGGAUUCUCCACCCAUGGCUCUCCCACUGUCAGACCCCAAUGCGUGGGCCACCGCAAUGAAUAAUCUCAGGAUGGCACCAUUGGGAAUUGCAGGACAACCCAUGUUGCCAGAUUUUGAUCCAAGUCUUGGGAUGAUGACGGGGAUCCCACCGCUCACACCCAUAAUGCCGGGUUUGGGGAUCGUUCCUCCUCCAAUUCCUCCCGAUAUGCCAGUGGUGAAAGAGAUUAUUCACUGCAAGAGCUGCACUCUUUUCCCACCAAACCCAAAUCUUCCACCACCCGCAACCCGGGAAAGACCCCCAGGUUGUAAGACAGUUUUUGUAGGAGGUCUGCCAGAGAAUGGAACGGAGCAGAUCAUUAUGGAAGUAUUUGAACAAUGUGGAGAAAUCAUCGCUAUUCGAAAAAGCAAGAAAAAUUUCUGCCACAUUCGCUUUUCUGAGGAGUUUAUGGUAGACAAGGCCCUCUAUCUCUCUGGAUACCGCAUCCGCUUGGGCUCAAGCACCGACAAGAAGGAUACCGGCCGUCUUCAUGUGGAUUUUGCCCAAGCUCGGGAUGACUUAUAUGAAUGGGAGUGUAAGCAGCGCAUGAUGGCUCGAGAGGAGCGCCACCGCCGCCGCAUGGAAGAGGAACGCUUCCGUCCUCCAUCUCCCCCACCUGUUGUUCAUUAUUCAGACCACGAAUGCAGCGUUGUAGCUGAGAAGCUUAAAGAUGAUUCCAAAUUUUCUGAGGCAGUGCAGACACUGCUGACCUGGAUAGAGCGUGGCGAGGUGAACCGCCGAAGCGCCAAUAACUUCUACUCGAUGAUUCAGUCGGCCAACAGCCACAUCCGUCGCUUGGUCAACGAGAAGGCAGCCCACGAGAAGGGGAUGGAGGAGGCCAAAGAGAAGUUCAAACAGGCCCUAGCAGGCAUCCUCGUCCAAUUCGAACAAAUAGUGGCUGUUUACCAUUCUGCCUCCAAACAGAAAGCGUGGGACCAUUUCACCAAAGCCCAACGCAAGAACAUCAGCGUGUGGUGCAAACAAGCUGAGGAAAUCCGAAAUAUUCAUAACGAUGAACUGAUGGGAAUCAGGAGAGAGGAGGAGAUGGAAAUGUCCGAUGAGGAAAUUGAAGAUCCCAAUGAAACGAAAGAUAAUGAAGAUACAGCCUUAGUGUCUCAGGCUGAGGCACUGAAGGAAGAAAAUGAUAGCCUGCGUUGGCAGCUCGAUGCCUACCGAAAUGAAGUGGAAUUGCUCAAACAGGAGCAAGGCAAAAUGACCCGGGAUGACGAUACAAGCAAGGAACAGCAGAUGAAAUUGCUUCAACAGGCUCUGCAAGGGAUGCAACAGCACCUUCUCAAACUUCAAGAUGAAUAUAAGAGAAAGGAAACUGAAUUUGACAAAGUGAAGGAUGAAAAAGUACAGUUGGAAAAAUUACUGGACAAUUUCCAGGAACAGGAAGAGACAGAUGAAGGGGACAGAGGAAGCAUUUUUGGUAGCACAAACGAGUGUCGAGUUUCCAGGAUCUGCGUGUCCAACCAGGAGAGUGACCCACUGGAAAGGACUUCAACCACCACCCCAGUUAAAUCAGAGAGAGAGGCGCUCUUAGUGGGCAUAAUAUCCACCUUUCUUCACGUGCACCCAUUUGGAGCGAGCAUCGAAUACAUAUGUUCUUACCUGCAACGUCUUGAUACCAAGAUUAGCACCAGCGAAGUGGAAGCUCUGAUGAGCCGCCUGCAGUGCACCUUUAAGCAAGAGAUGACUGGAGUCGGAGCCAGCCUGGAGAAAAGAUGGAAAUUCUGUGGCUUCGAUGGUCUCAAGAUGACCUAAUCUCCUUCCUAUUCAUUAACCAAAAUCCUGGGGGGGGAAUGUUAUCUAAACCUGGGAAGUAUUCAGAAACUAUGUGUUGUUUUCCUUUGUUUUUGUUUGUUUUUGGGGUUUGUUUGUUUUUUUUUGGUGAUUGUUCAAGUAGAAAUCGCUUUAGCCUUGUAGUUCCCUUAUGGGAAUCUAUUAUAACAACUUUGGAUUAUACAUAAUACAGCACCUUCUGCUAAAGGCCAUAGACAGACUGGCUCCAACCUUACAUGGCCAUUUCUCUCACUUGAUGAUUGGCUUAGUUGGCUUUUUUGAAUGAAAACUUGUGGACACUCAAAAAAAAUUAAUUUGAAGUGUCUACUAUGACUAUACUACUGUUCUCAAGCUUUGACAUUUUAUUCUUUUUUUAAAGCACACUGUUAUUGGACAUAUUUUGACAGUUUGUAGGUGACACAUUUUUCCAAAAAUCAAUCAUACUAUAAAUAUUUCUUAUCUCACAAAAAACCACUGGUAGAAUUUCCAAUACCUAAAUCAUUUUUCCCUUAGGUAAUACUGCAGGAGGGCAAGCAAGCCAGACUACACUUAGGUACUGGCAAGGGCACACACAUACACUCACACACACGAGUUUUGUAGAGAUGCUGGAUUUUGCCCAUCUUUUGAAGACAGACUCCGGUUCAUGGGUUGUUUUCAUUUUAACAGAACAAACAUGAGCCAGAAGUUGACACAUUUUUCCAAAGUUAUUCUUCUCUAUUAAGUAGCUUCUUUCAGAAUUUACAAGUAAAGCUAGAUUUUAAAAGCAUCAUUGCUACUAAAAAAAAAUCCAAUGUAUUGGUAUCAACAGGGGCCUAAUCUGGCUGACACGUUUACAUACACUUCAACAUCAUAUUGUAAAUAAUCUGCUUCUAAAAGUGGGCAUAUUUCAUUUUCUACAAACUACACAAAAGCAACAAUAGUAAUGGGAUUUAUUUUCAUACUCUCUCUGCUCUAGCCUUUCACAAAAUCAGUAAGCUCUUUCCUCCUGCCAUCAGUGUGCCAAUCAAAACUCACCCAUGGCUGUAAAUAUUAUGUUUACUUCCUGUUGAAUGUUUCCAAAGAGAUGCUCUGAGUAUCACUAGCUCAUUGUACUUUCAUAAAAGGACCAGGGUUUCCUCAGUACUGGGGGACAGCUCUUGCCCCUGAGAUAAGGCCCUCCAGGCUGACAGGACUUCCUGCAGUUUGUAUUUGAGGGUCUGGUUCAGAAGUUCUGCUUAGUUGUUUAAUGGAGACAGGUUGGGGCUGAAUAUUCAGAGACAAAUUGGUCUGGCCUCUUAUGUGGUGCUUUUUUUUUUUCCAAACCACGCAUCCCCACCUUUUAGUACUGGCUUAAAGUAAAUAGUGUGCUUGUGUCUUUAAAGAACAUGAGGAGUAUUUCAAGAAAAUACCUUGUAAACAAGCUGUCAGUACUGUUUCCACUUGUAUUUUUCAAAUAAUAAAGUUUUUACAGCAUCA